AUGUCACAAACGGGAAGCACUGGAGCCGACAAAGAUCAUGCCAUUUACAAGAUGGCAGAUAAAGACGGCCAGUUCCGCCGUAAACCAUCCUCCUUUCGCUCAUUUAUCUCUGCGGAUCCAAACUCGGAAUUUCCUGCUGAGAAAGAUCGAUAUGUCCUAUAUCUUAAUUGGGGGUGCCCCUGGGCGCACAGGGCCAAUAUUGUCAGAUCUUUGAAAGGUCUUGAAGAUAUUAUCCAGCUCGUUGUCAUGGACUUUACUCUUACUCCAGAGGGCUGGUAG